AUGCCUUCUGCAAGCAAAGUGUCCUGGGUGGUGGCACUGAAAGCAGCACUGAAUCACGGUGGUACCCGACGCCCAAAGCGCUGGCGGCGGGAAGCCAAGCGUAAGCAGCUGCAGCUGGCCACCGUCGACCCCGACACUCUGGCACCUUCCGUUCGGACUGUGGUCUUCCGCGGCUUCCUCCGGUCUGACCACCUGGCAUCUGCAGCCGCGAUGUCCGCUCCGGCGGAUGGGAGCGACUCCGAGGAGAGCCUCGCAGGUGGGCCGUCGCCGGAGGGCUCCCGUGACAGUUGCAUCAUCAUCCUGGUCACAGACUCGCGAUCUCAGAAAGUCCACCAUGCACGGGCGAGUUUUCCAAAGGCGCCUGUGGAAAUAUGUUGGUGGCUGGACGAGGCGGCUGUGCAGUUCCGAAUAGCGGGACGGGCGCUGGUGGUAGACCACAGCACUGCCGAUUCCCAGCUUCGUGCUGUUCGUGCAGCUGUGUGGAACCGAUUGAGAGCUUCGACGCGUGAAACCUUCAUUUGGCCAGAGCCAGGAAAACCUCGCGACGAUGCUGUCGUCCCCAAUCCAGGUGAGCUGCGGAUGGAGGAUGCUCACUUUGCCGUCUUUCUGGUGCUUCCCAGCACCGUCGACGAGCUGCAGUUGGGUGGCAGGCAGCGUCGCCGGAUCCACAAAACAGCACCGCUGCCAGAGGAUCAAUGGCAGCUCCCGUUCUCAGAUCUGUUCGAGCAAGUUCUGAGUCAGAACUGGGAGGUAGCGGAUGUGAAUCCAUGA